AGUGAGACAAGAAAAUCAAUUAACCAUUCCUCACUCACCAGUUCAGGCAGCACUCGGUUCCUUUCUUCCUCAAUCCUCACAGCUCGCAUUCAGUUCCGUAGUACUUUCUUUCUUCCUCCGCCUCUCCGCCGCCGCCGCCCCAGGGCUCGAAAUCCCUCUUCCGCUUGAGAGAGAGAGGCAGAGUGUUGGUGAAUUGGCAACACCAACGCCAACACCGGUUCCUACUCAAUGAGAACCCUAUCAAACUCACCCUAUUGAACCCUAGUUUGAGGAGCAGAGUGUGAGUUUGUUGAUGCGUGAAGUGGCCGCCUGAGAAUGGGGACGAGAGAGGUGUAUGAACAGAAGCUAAGGAGUGGGAAUCUGCAUCAUGAUCCUACCCUGAAACCAGGCCUCAGGCUCGGCACCCCUUGCUGCCCCCGCUGUCUCUCUCUCCUUGACCAUGAUUCAGGCAAGGGUGAAUGGACUGUCACUCCUGUUCUUCAUGAUGCCACUGCUGUUGCUGGCUUAGGUAUUGGUGGAAUGCUUAGUGCAAUUCAUGGCUGCAAUACAGGGAUCCCGUUCCUUCAGAAUCGCUUAAAAGGACCAAAGUCUCUUCCUUUCUUAGCUUGCUCCGCUGCUACUCUUUUCAGGUGCCAGUGCUGCAUUUGGAGGUUAUGCACUUCCAAAGUUUGCUUAACUUACGGUGACUUCGUAUUGUGCCACCUCAAGUGCCUCACAUUACGGAAUUUCGCUUCUUACUCGACAUAUUGAAGAGACUCAUACCUCCCGCUCUCAGCCAGAAAGACUCGGAUGAUUUCUUGAAGGUGCACAUGAUAAAGAAUCCACUACAAUUUUGUAACUGAUGUUAUAUAUAUGGUUACUAUUCUUCACUUAUUCCAAUAGAUCUUUUUGAAUAACAAUAAUAGUAUCUCAAGAUGAUUUUACUCUA